UCCGGUCUAGGACGCAGUGCGCAGGCGCAACGGCGACAAAACGAAAGGCGACGCUGAACGGAGCUCCGGUGAGACGGACGGAUUGACUGGAGAAAGCGGGCUAGGGAGCGAUUGCACGGCGGGAUCACUUCACCGCCCGCCUCAGGGACCACGUCCCUCAGUGGCGCGCCCAGUUCCGGGCCUACCGGGUGGCGACGCCCGACUGAGUUCUCCGCGCUUCACACCAGAAGGUCCUGGGCAUAAGGCAUCACAAUGGCGGGUGAGAACGAAAACCCAAACCCCAACUCGCGGAUCAUGACCUUCUAUCCGACCAUGGAGGAAUUCCGCAACUUCAAGCGGUAUAUAGCGUAUAUAGAGUCCCAGGGAGCGCACCGAGCAGGAUUGGCGAAGGUGGUUCCCCCGAAAGAAUGGAAGCCUCGAGCCUGUUACGAUGACCUGGAUGAGCUUGUGAUUCCGGCACCCAUUCAGCAAGUGGUGACCGGCCAGUCCGGACUGUUCACACAGUACAAUAUUCAGAAGAAACCCAUGACUGUCAAAGAGUUCAGACGUAUAGCAAACAGUGACAAGUUUUGUACUCCUCGCUACGCUGAUUUUGAAGACCUGGAACGCAAAUACUGGAAGAAUCUGACCUUCAACGCUCCGAUUUAUGGGGCUGAUGUGAACGGGACUCUCUAUGAUAAGCAUGUGGAUGAAUGGAACAUCGGCCGACUGAACACCAUCUUGGACGUGGUGGAGAGGGAGAGCGGCAUCACCAUAGAGGGUGUGAACACCCCGUACUUGUAUUUCGGUAUGUGGAAGACGUCCUUUGCCUGGCACACCGAAGACAUGGACCUGUACAGCAUCAACUACCUGCACUUUGGGGAGCCCAAAUCAUGGUACUCCAUUCCACCAGAGCACGGCAAGAGACUGGAGAGAUUGGCCAAGGGUUUCUUCCCCGGCAGCGCUCAGAGCUGUGAAGCAUUUCUCCGCCACAAGAUGACCGUCAUCUCGCCCUUCAUCCUGAAGAAGUACGGCAUCCCCUUCGAUAAGAUCACUCAGGAGGCCGGACAGUUCAUGGUCACCUUCCCAUAUGGUUACCAUGCCGGCUUCAAUCAUGGCUUUAACUGUGCCGAGUCCACCAACUUUGCCACGUUAAGAUGGAUCGAGUAUGGGAAGCAAGCUGUUCUGUGUUCCUGUAGAAAAGACAUGGUGAAAAUCUCUAUGGAUGUUUUCGUGCACAAGUUCCAGCCCGAGCGAUACAAACUCUGGAAAUCGGGAAAAGACGUCACCGCUAUCGACCAUACCCAGCCCACCCCGGAGGCAGCAGAGUUUGUGGAUGAGCAAAACUAUUCCGAUCAAAAGAAAAGUGUGACCAAACAUCGCAUUGGAACCAAGCGGCACCGGGUGUGUUUGGAGGUCCCUCAGGAGCUGAGCCAGAACGAGGACUUCAAGGAUGUGCAGUGUGAUAAUUCCAUGUCUGGAGGAUGUGGAGCUGCAGUAGUGUACAGUCAUGGGAGCUAUGGGGCUCUGACCAAAUCAGGUUCUUCUGGGCAGCAAUAUGAAACUCUGAAGAAUGUGGAAAAUUACGGCAUGUCAGAAAGUUGCACUCCAUUCUCGAACCCGGCCAGCCCAUCCUCCAGUGCCGACGGCUCCUCUUCAUCACAGGACAGCUCGGCGGACAGUGCGGCCUCAUCGGACAGUGACUCUGACGCUCAGCAGGGAUCCCGCUCUGGGAAAUUGGGUGGCGUGCACAGCUAUCCCAAAGGGCAAGGAAAAGCUGCCGUACUGAAGAAAACCAGCUCCAUGGGAAGCUUCACCGAACACGAACUGGAAGAGGUUGCAGGGAAGCACAUUAACAUGCAGGAGCACCAGAACGCGAAAAGCAGACGACAGCCCCUCUCCAAACUCCCCCGUUACCACCCAUUGGUGAUGAAGGACAGCGGUAGUGAAGACGACCAGCCUGAGCAGACUGUCCUGGAUGAGGAGUUUGAAGAGACUGAGACCUGGGCCAAGUCCAUGAGCCAACUGUGGCAGAACAAACCUCAGACUUUCCAGGUGGAGAGAGAAUACAACCUGGCCAUGUCUCAGGUCCCUCCGCACUGUGCCGUGUGUAUGCUCUUCAGGACAUAUCAGUCCGAUAGUGAAGCACCGAGCAAGAAAGACUCAACCCAGGUAGCUUUCCAACUGAAAACCAAGCCACUUAUCCCAGAGAUGUGCUUUACAACCACCAGCUGCAACACUGAGCUGAACCUGUCGGCUUCAUUUCUGGAAGAUGAUGGGACCAGCCUGCUGAUCUCCUGCAAAAAGUGCAGCGUGUGUGUCCAUGCAAGUAAGUGCCCCGAAUAUCCUAAGGAGGGAGCUGUGUGGGGAUGAAUUGUUUGAGAAUGUGAUGAGGAUGCCAUCACACAGGACUGCUGCUUGUGUUGUCUAAGAGGUGGAGCGUUACAGAAAGCCAAUGAUAACCGGUGGGUGCAUGUCAUGUGUGCUGUGGCCGUCGCCGAAGCAAAAUUUGUGAACAUCGCGGCAAGGCGUCCUAUAGACAUCAGUAAAAUCCCCCUAAUGAGGUUCCGCCUGAAAUGCGCUUUCUGCAAGAAGCGGAGAAAGAGGGUGGCAGGGUGCUGCGUCCAGUGCUCACACGGGCGAUGCCCCACAUCAUUUCACGUGUCCUGCGCCCAGGCCGCUGGCGUCAUGAUGCAGCCGGAUGAUUGGCCCUUCGUGGUGUUCAUAACCUGCUCCAGGCACAAACCCUCCGCGAAUGAGGGAAAAGACUCCCACAGAGACAUCGUAUUGGGGCAGACCGUCAUCGCCAAGCACAAGAAUGGCCGCUACUACCAAAGUGAGGUGGUCAAGCUGACAAAGGAGACAUUCUACGAGGUCAAUUUUGAUGAUGGUUCCUUCAGUGACAAUCUGUAUCCAGAGGACAUUGUGAGCCGUGACUGUCUUACUUUGGGUCCUCCAGCUGGUGGGGAUAUCGUUCAGGUCCGCUGGACAGAUGGCCUUGUGUAUGGUGCAAAGUUUGUCGCAUCGCACACUAUUCAGAUGUACCAGGUGGAGUUUGAGGACGGCUCUCAGCUCCCAGCAAAGAGGGACGACGUGUACACUCUGGACGAAGAGUUACCAAAGAAGGUGAAGUCCCGCCUGUCCGUUGCAUCCGACAUGCGCUUCACAGAAAUCUUCACGGAGCAGGAAGUGAAGCAAGAGGUGAAAAGGCAGCGAGUCAUCAACUCCAGGUAUAGAGAGGACUACAUCGAGCCGGCUUUGUACCGCGCCAUCAUGGAGUGAGGCUGCAGCGCCGGGCGCCUCCCACUAGGGGGCAGCUCACAACCCUGGCCAACCGUCUCGUUCUGUUGGGACCUUUUAUCUUCUUUACUGUGACUGGACUCUUUCCACCUUCUAAACAACGAGGCCGUGCCGUCUAUUUGCAGAGCAUGAUGGG